AUAGGUGAAAUUUUUAGAUAAGUUAGAAUCACGAGUUACUCACUAAGUGGCGAUUCAAUCGCAUAAUUCACAUACCCUUUAUCUUCAAUGGCUGAUCUGAGCCAAAAAGCGGAGAUCUUUGAGCUCAACAAUGGGAGCAUGCAGGUCCUCAUCACUAAUCUCGGCUGCACAAUCACCUCCUUAUCCGUACCCAACAAAGAUGGGGUGUUGUCUGACGUUGUUCUUGGCCUCGACUCUGUUGAAUCCUAUCAGAAAGGUCUUGCUCCUUUUUUUGGCUGCAUUGUGGGUCGGGUUGCAAACAGAAUUAAGGAUGGCAAGUUUACGCUUGAUGGGGUUCAGUACUCUCUUCCUAUCAACAAACCCCCAAACAGUCUCCAUGGUGGAAACGUUGGGUUUGAUAAGAAGGUAUGGGAAGUAGUUGAAUAUAAAAAAGGUGAAACCCCAUCAAUCACUUUUAAGUAUGAAAGUCAUGAUGGAGAGGAAGGUUAUCCUGGGGAUAUCACUGUUACUGCAACUUACACGCUCACCUCAACCACAACUCUUAGGCUUGACAUGGAAGGAGUGCCAAAGAACAAGCCCACCAUAAUCAACUUAGCUCAGCAUACCUACUGGAACUUAGCUGGCCACAACUCAGGGAAUAUACUUGAUCAUUCAAUUCAGAUAUGGGCUGAUCAUGUCACUCCUGUGGAUCAGAAUACUGUGCCAACUGGUGAAAUCAUGUCAGUGAGAGGUACCCCUUUUGAUUUUACAUCUGAGAAGAGAAUAGGCAACACCAUUAAUGAGGUUGGAAUGGGGUAUGACCACAAUUAUGUGCUUGAUUGUGGGGAAGAGAAAGAAGCUUUGAGACAUGCUGCAAAAGUGAGAGACCCAUCAAGUUCAAGGGUACUGAACCUGUGGACAAACGCCCCUGGUGUGCAAUUUUACACAGCAAACUAUGUUAAUGGUGUUACUGGAAAAGAAGGUGCUAUAUAUGGAAAGCAUGCUGGGUUAUGUCUGGAGACACAGGGUUUCCCAAAUGCCAUAAACCAGCCAAAUUUCCCAUCUGUUGUGGUUCGACCUGGUGAGAAGUAUCAACAUUCCAUGUUGUUUGAGUUUUCAGUUGAGUGAAGUAAUAUUGUUGGGAGUGGUAUUGAGAUGAAGUAGCCUUCUUGUUUUGCAUAUUAUGAGUUAUAACCUGAACUUUGGUUUCUCCUAAAAUAAUUACUUGUGUUUAAAUAAUUUUAUGAGUUGUUUUGUCUCAAAAGUUUCAAGAGCACAUUAAGUGCUGUUUUAUCACUCCAAAAUGUAGACGU